AUGGCUAAUUCCACUUUUACCAUCAUCUUCAGUUUUGGCCCUGGCCCACACUGCCUUCAGAAGUCCACUUUUACCAUCAUCUUCAGUUUUGGCCCUGGCCCACACUGCCUUCAGAAGGUUACAUCUUAUGAUCAGAUCUUCACCCCUCUGUCUGUCAAAGGAGCCAUUGAUGCCAGGGACUCCAUUGCCAAGGCUCUGUGCUACCUGCUCUUUGAGUGGCUGCUGCUGAGGAUCAACGAGUGGUUGGUUCCCUGGGAGUCUGACUGUGCUGUGGGCAUUGUGGACAUCCAUGGCUUUGAGGACGUGGGGCUGCUGGAGAUCCCUGCAGAACUUGCAGCCCUCCUGCACUCUUUUGAAGGUCGACACCAAGCACAGGCCAACCAGAUAACUGAGACACAGCCCCCAGAAGUCAAGGUCAAGGAUAACCUUUCCCUCCCACCCACCAUCAACAGCCAUCCCUUCUCCUCCUUUGUCAAAUCACACUUCCAGAAGCCAGAAUUUGUAGAAUUCCCUACCCCUGGUCAGCCUCUGAAGCACCCCUUAACCCGCCUGGAUGCUGCACACCAGGAGAGUGCACUUGAGAUAAACAAACUGAUUUUGCGCUUCAUCGGUGACCAGAGCCUCCGUGGCUGGCAGGAGGUCCUGCUGGGCAACUACAUUGCUGGGAGAGGUUUGAGUGAUGCUGCUCUGCGCAAUGAAAUCUUCAGCCAGGUGGUCGCCCAGACCUGGAGGAACCCGGACACGGAGCGCAGCCAGCGAGGCUGGGUCCUGAUGGCCACUCUGCUGAGCUGCUUUGGGCCCUCACCAGCCCUGGAGAAGCCACUGCUGAAGUUUGUGUCAGACUAUGGCAUGGAGGGCUACAGCGCUGUCUGCCAGCGCAAGAUGCUGACGGCAGCUCAGUGCACAGAGACGGAGCCUGCGCCCUCUCGGGCUUACCCUCCCACCCAGCUGGAGUGGACAGCAAACCAGAGGAGAGGGAAGAUGGUGCUGGAUGUUCAUACCUUUAAUGAGGAGAAGUUCUCAACUGAGGUGGAGUCCUGGAUGACUGGGGAGCAGUUUGCAGCCUGCAUCCUGAGUGCAAGGGGCUGUGACAAGAGCACUCGAGGGUGGUCUAUCUCCAUGUUCACUGGCAACACAUGGCAGGACCUGCUGGGCUGUGACUUUGUGCUGGACCUCAUUGGAGAGAUGGAGGAGACCAGCAACUUCAUUAGCUCCUCCCGGGCCCCCACUGAGUACCCCAUCACUCCAGAAAGGGACAGGAGCAUCCUGCAGUCCUCUGACCUGGACAUGAUCCCUCCUGCUCCAGGUAUCCAGGCCCCUGCCUUCCCCCCACCCAGCCUGCCUCCAGAAUUUACUGGUCUCCAUCCAGAUCCAAGAUUUAGAGAUGACCUGAGGAACCCUGUGGGCUUGGAUCACUAUGUGGAUGAUCUCUUCAACCCUGUGCUGCAUCAGAGCUCCAGAGGAUCUGAUAUGGAGAACAGGGAGAAUCUCACCAGACGCAUGAAAGGAGGUGGGAAGAUCGGCCCCACACAGAGAGGAAUCUUUCCUUCUACAGGCUUGUCUGGAAUGACUCAAGCACCAGUUUACCAGCCCAUGCCCUCCAUGAUGGGGAUGCCAGCAGCCAUGCCCAUGAUGCCAGGGGUUGGUGGGGUUGCACCUAUGCCAGCCAUGGUGAUGCCCCAGCCCAUGGUUCCAGCUGUAGAUCCCAGCCAGCUGGCAGCACAGCAGCAAGCCUUUAUCAACCAGCAGGCCAUGCUCAUGGCCCAGCAGAUGACCCUUCAAGCCAUGAGCAUUUCCCAGCAGCAGCAGCAGCAGGAGCUGCAAAAGCAGCAAAAGGCCCUUGAGAACUCAAGGCAAAGAGUCUCCAGCCCAGCACAAGCCUCAGCCCCAGCCACUCUCCCAAAACCCAAGAAGCCUUCCAGCAGCCAGGCUGCUGCAACACCAUCAAGGUCUCCAGAGCCACCAGCCAAGGCAAAAGAGCCGGAUUAUGACUACGUGGAAGAGGAGUUCUCCAGCAGUGAGGAUGAUGACUGUCCUCGGGAAACCUUCCAGCAGAAGAAAGAGUACUUCCAGAAGAUGGGAGAGCAGCGCAUUCGAGUGAAGAAAGUCAGACCUAGCAAAACUUGGACUCCUCCAGCAAAACCCCAGCCAACAGAGGAGGAGGAGGAGAAAAGAGAGGAGAAAGAAGAGGAGCUGGAGAAGAGGAAAGAAGAGAAGCCUGUCCCUAAACCAGAGCCAGCUCCUGCCUCCCCUCUGCCACCUCCUGAGCCAAAGCCAAAAAAGGAAACACCAAAACCAAAGAAGGAGCCGCCUGUAGUGAAGCCUUCAGGCCCCGAGAAGCGUCCUGCACCCAGCCGCGAGAUCGGGAACAUCAUCAAAAUGUACCAGAGCAGACCAGCCCCCGAGCCCCAGCCCGUCCAGCCCGCCAGGAGAGUAUCCAAGCCAUUUUUAAAGAAGAAUGACCCCAAAAAUGAAGCUCUGGCCAAGCUGGGAAUGAUGAACCCCUCACCUCAGCGAUCACCAUCUCCUGUGCCACAGGAGAAGAAAGCACCUCCACCUGUCAAGCCCAAGCCAGGCCCAGCUUCCAGCUCUAUCAAGGAAAAGCAGCUGCCUCUCCUGUCCAUCUUCAAACCAGAGGGUGCCCCACCAGCUGCCCAGGCCCCUCCUGCUCCCCCUCUUCCCCCACCAACGCCUGAGGACCAAGGCAGGCAGGAGCCCACAGGGAAGGGUGAUGAUGGAAUCAAGACCCAGCUGUACAAGCUCACCACCAGUGUCAGCUUUUCCUAUGUCGACCCUGCCUGGAAAAUUUUUCUGCGCAAAGAGGUGUUUUACCCCAAAGAAAAUUUCAGCCACCCUUAUUGUCUGAACUUGCUGUGUGAGCAGAUCAUCCGUGACACCUUUUCUGAGUCCAGCUUUCGGAUCUCCAGGGAGGAGAAGCGCAAGAUGAAAGACCUGCUGAUGGAGUUCCGAGUUGGCAACAAUGCCCAGUCCAUUCAGGAGGAGGGGAUCAAGAAGAGGAUUGUAGUGGCUGCUCGGGACAACUGGGCCAACUAUUUCUCCCGCCUUUUCCCAGUUCAGGGUGAAAAGGGAAGUGAUGUGCAGCUCCUGGGUGUUUCUCACCGGGGCAUGAGGCUGCUGAAGGUGGAGAAAGCAGCUGGAUACCGUCCUGAGCACCUCAAGAUCCUAUGCAGCUACUGCUUUGCAGAUGUACUGGCAGUGGAGAUGAAAGGCAGCAAUUCCCUGGAGUUCUCCCUGAAGACCGAGCAGCUCAUCCUGCACUCUCCGAAGGCUCCGUGCAUCAAGGCCAUGGUGGAACUCUUCAUGCAGGAGCUGAGGCAGGACACCAACUACGUCGUGGCUCUGCGCAGCUACAUCGUGGAUGACAAGAGCAUGCUCAGCUUCAAGAAGGGUGACCUCAUCGAGCUGCUGCCCGUGCAGGGCGUGGAGCCAGGGUGGCAGUUUGGCUCCACUGGUGGCCGCUGUGGUCUCUUCCCCACCAGCCUGGUGCAGCUGGCUCCUGCCAUUGACUACCUCAGCAGCAGCAUGGACAGACGGGGAGAGCAGAGGAAGAGCACGAGAGCUCGCCCAGACAGCAGGAACACCAGCAGGGAGAGUUCUGUUCUCAGCCUGACACCAGAAGCCACCAGCACCAUGUUAGUCCCUGCUGGUGACCAUUACACCAUGAUUGACUUUGCCACCACCUACUUCCGAGAGGCUCAGUCCAUGCAGGGCCUGAAGGGGAUGUCUGCUGAGAAGAAGAAUGUGGCUGAGCUGGUGCGGCACACCAAGGUCCCAAUCCAGGCGUCUUUGCUCCGGUACUCUGACAGUGAGCUGAACGAGCUGGCCACAAAGAACUUCCGGACACUGAUGAGGUUCAUGGGAGAUCAGCCAAAACACAAGCACCAGACUGAGGUCCAAUGCAUCUAUGAAAUUCUUCAGCUGUGCAAGGAGAAGGAGAAUUUACACGAUGAGAUCUACUGCCAGGUCAUCAAACAGGUCACCCACAACCCUCAGCAGGGGAGUGAGCUGCGGGGCUGGCUGCUCUUAAACUUGCUCACUGGAUACUUCCUGCCUUCCAAAAUCCUGAUGCCCUAUGCCACCAAGUUCCUGCAGCUGGCCAGCAGUGAUCCAUCCAGCACCCACCACGAUAUAGCCAAGAUCUGCCAGAGCAACCUGCGCAAAAACUUCCUGUACGGGGGCCGUCGGCACCUGCCCUUCCCUGUGGAGAUGGAGGCACUGCUGAAGGGACACGGUGCCCGCCGGCUGGUUGUGCUGAUGCCUGGAGGCAUGGAGUACCUCACCAGGAUCAGGACAUUCACUGUGGCCAAGGAGCUCCUGCAGGAGAUCUGUGAGCAGAUGGGAAUAGGUGAACAGCAAGAAACACAGGACUUUGUUCUCUUUGCUAUCAGGAAUGACGACAAAAAUCUCGGUAAAAUGGUGAGGCCAAUAAAACUGGAGGAGUAUCUCCAUGAUUACCUGCUGGAGGACAAGCUGGUCACUGUGACCUUACGCAGGCUCAUCUGGAGGACACCUCUGCACUUUGACAACCAAGUUUACACAGAUGUCCAUUAUGGACAGGUGGUGUGGGAUUACCUGAAUGGGAGGAUCCUGCUGAACCACAAUAAAGAAAUGGAGAUGCAGGUGGGCCUUUUGGCAAUGUUCCAGCACUGGGCCAAAGUGGAGCAGCAGAACUCUGCUCCCUCCAGGGAAGAGCUGAAGGAAUACACUCCAAAGAGCCUGCAGUCCUCCAUCAGCCUCAAGGCUCUGCACAACCACGUGGCCACACUGCUGAGAAAGAGGCAGCCCCUCCAGCCACGGGAUGCAAAAAUCCAGUUCAUAGAGCACGUGAUGAAAUUGCCUUUCUUUGACUACGUCAUCUUCAUAGUGGAGAGAAUCAGUGAUAACACAAUCCCUGUGCCCUGUUUCUUUGGUGUGAACAAGGAGGAGAUCAUUGUGGUGGAUGGCACCAGCCAGGUGGUGUUGCGGGUCAUUCCCCUGAAGGAGCUGCAGAAGAUGCGCACGCUGAGGCCCAUCUCCGACGGGGGCCUUCCCGGCCUGGAGCUCCACUAUGGCUCCCCUGCCAGCCCCAGGGCCCUGUGGCUGGAACUGUCACAGGCCAAAGAACUGUACCACACGAUCGUUGUCAUCCUGGAUAAAACAGAGCUGCACUCCUAG